UCAAACUAUCGUGGGUUUUUUUCUAUUUUGCAGUAGGAAGGUUAUGAAAUUUUACCAAGAAAAUUAAAAAAUGAAUUCUUUAAUUAAACAAAUCUCUCUCCUCUGCAUAAAUAAGCAAUUAACAACCACAACUAAAUUCCUAAUCCCUGCCUGUUCAUUUCAUACAAGUGACACAUUAAAUAAGCGAUGGAAUAAAUACAAUACCGGACCACAAAAAUUCUUGCAAAACAACAAGGUUGUCCAUCCACCACAAACACCCGAUGAGGAACCAAGAAAAGCGUAUGUUUGUCAUAUGACAACCAACAUUAAAUACAGUCCCGAUAAAAUGUGGUACAUUGCUUCAAUGGUUCGUGGUCUAUCAGUCGAUGAAGCUGUUAAACAACUUAGUUUUGUUCUAAUGAAAGGAGGUCGUUAUGUAAAACAAACGAUUUUAGAAGCUCAAGAUAUGGCUAUAAAGAGACACAAUGUUGAAUACAAGAGUAAUUUGUGGGUUUCUGAAUCAUUUGUUGGUAAAGGUCGUUAUUAUAAAGGAAUGAGACGUCAUGCUCGUGGACGUUAUGGUGUAGUAGAAUACAAACAUUGUCAUUACUUUGUUCGAUUGGAAGAAGGCGAACCACCAAAGCAUUAUUACUUACCUCAACCAGCUACACCUGAAGAUCAAUUUAAUAAAUGGAUGGAACAAAUGCGAAACAGGAAGAUUACCAGUUCGUUGUAAAUUUAGAAUUUUUGUUAUACCUAAUUUAGUUUAAAAUAUUGUUCAAAGAAAGUUUGUGGAAACAGCAAUAAUAAAUUUGCGAUUAGGUCACAUUGCCAUCCCAGACAGAUAA